AUGGCUCCGGCGCGGCCCGACGAUUCCAGGGUGAAGAAGCAGUUCGGCUUUCCGCUCUUCUGCGGCGCGUGGGCGCCCACGAAAGGCCCCAAGGCGGGCGCGCAGGGCGAGGAGGGGCUGGUGGUGCUGGCGGGGGGCGGCGGCGCGGGGCGGCACGGCAUCAAGAGCAAGAUCAUCGCGUGCAAGUACAGCUUCGCCGCCGAUGAGCUCUCGGAGGUGUUCAGCCUGUCAACGGGCGUGAACCCCGCGUUCAAGAUCACGGCCCACCCCAACGGGGACUGCCUCAUUGCUGCCUUCGCUGACGCCUGCCGGUGUGACCCUCCUGCCCGCCCCUCUCCCCUUCUCUUCCCCUUCCCUCCCCCUCCCCCCCUCUCUCCCCCCUCUUUCCGCCUGCUCUUCCCUUUCAAACAUCCUUCCCUCCCUCUUCUCUUUCCUCCUCCCACUUUUCUCCCCCUUCUCCCCUGCCUCCCCCUUCUCCUCUUUCCCCGUUCUCCUGCUGCACUCCCCAUUCUCCCCCUUUCCACCCCCUUCGUCCCCUCUCGUCCCCUCAUUGCUACCUGCCGCUAUUUCUUCUCGCAUUCGAGAAAAGCCUCUUUCAAACUCCCACUAACCAAAGCUGCAGAUGGGUGCAGAGUGGUGGCCGGGAGUGAGGAUGGGCGCGUGCGCGUGUUUGAGUGGCCCAGCAUGGACAUUCUGAUGGACGUGCCCCGCGCGCACACCUCUUCUCUUAGAGAUGCCGAUAUUAAUCUGGACAGCACACUAGUGGCCACCACGGCAGACGCGGGUCCGCUGAAGGUGUGGAGCGUGCGCAAGGGGACGGCACUUGCCACACUCUCCAUUGCUGAGGGUGGAACCAUACACACUCACCUCCCUUUUCACCCCCCUCCCUUCUCACUUCCCCUCCCGUCUUACCUCUUCCCUUCUCACCCCCCUCCCUUCUCAUUUCCCCUCCCUUCUUACCUCCUUUCUUCUCAACCCCCUUCCUUCUCACUCCACGUCCUUUCUCACCUCCUCUCUUCUCAACCCCCUCCAUUCUCACUCCUCCCUUCUCACGUCCUCUAUUCUCUCUCACCCUCCAUUCUCACGUCCUCCCUUCUCAACCCCCUCCCUUUUCUCUCCGCCCCAUCUUCCCUGCACGCCAUGCGGCAAGGAAUGGGUGGUGGUGAGGAUGACGGCAGCAUGGCUGCGAGAGUGCCAGUGUGGAUGAACCCAUCUCAACCCUUCUCAACACCCCCUUUCUCAUCCCCCUUCCCAUCUUCCCUACACAGCAGGCGGCAAGGGGUGGGUGGUGGUGUGGUGUGGGAGACGGCAGCAGACAGAGAGGAGAGUGGCACAGUGUGGCAAGGGGUGGGUGGUGGUGUGGGAGACGGCAGCAUGGCAGCGCGUGGCAGUGAGGAAGAUCCACAACGACCCCAUCUCUGCCUUCGCCAUCAGCCCCGACUCCACUCUGCUCGCCACGGGAACGCCAGAGGGCAAUGUGUUUAUAGUGGAUGCGCGCACGCUGAGCGUGAGGCAGAAGGUAGUGGGCGCGCACCUGGUCUUCGUCACGGCACUCGAGUUUUCGCCCAACUCCAGGGCGCUGCUGUCAGUGUCAGGUGA